UUAGUAAGAGCAGCAUCAGCAGGAGGAGUCAACCAUGACCCUACUACAUAAACGCCAAGACGGCUGUGAUCCGUGAGGUGUUCGUCCUGAUAGAGCAGAGGAGCUGCUGAGUCUCCGGUGUACGAUCAGCGUGUUCCGCUAUCCCGCAUCUCAGACCCGGCCGCUGCGCACCACGGUUCAGCCGUUUCAUCUGCAAUCGGCGCAUCGGCGGGGGAGGUUUUUUGUUCCCGUAUAGAGGAACAAUGUCAAGUUUAAAAAAGCGAAGCUCAAACUCGUCGGCGGAGCGAGAUGAAGAGGAGCAGGUGACCGAAAAAAUGCUUUCCCCUGGGGAGAACGGAAGCGCGGCCCGAAACCGAGCUCAGGGGAGACCAAACGGGGACGGGAAUGACGCCGGGGAGGAGACGGUCGUCCUUCAGAGAACGAUAACUCUAAUGAAUGGCGUAGCCAUAAUCGUGGGUACCAUCAUAGGAUCGGGCAUCUUUGUGACCCCGACUGGGGUGGUGAAGGAAGCCGGUUCCGUUGGACUGUCGCUCAUCAUCUGGACCGUUUGUGGGGUUUUCUCCACGGUGGGAGCGCUGUGCUACGCCGAGCUGGGCACCACAAUUACCAAGUCGGGCGGAGAUUAUGCCUACAUCCUGGAGGUGUACGGCUCGUUGCUGGCUUUCCUCAAGCUCUGGAUAGAGCUGCUCAUUAUCCGACCCUCGUCGCAGUACAUUGUCGCCUACGUCUUCGCCACCUACCUGCUAAAGCCCAUCUUCCCCAUGUGCCCGGUCCCCGAAACCGGAGCCAAAGUGGUCGCAUGUCUCUGCAUAUUGCUCCUGACUUCUGUGAACUGCUACAGUGUGAAAGCGGCCACGCGGGUCCAGGAUGCCUUCGCUGCCGCCAAGCUGCUGGCCUUGGCGCUCAUCAUCAUCAUUGGCUUCAUCCAGAUCGGCAAAGGUGAUACAGAUGGUCUCUUGCCAGAAAAUGCAUUCAAGGGGUCCAGUUCAGACUUUGGGAAAAUUGGCCUGGCUCUGUACAGCGGGCUUUUCGCUUACGGCGGCUGGAAUUACCUAAAUUUUGUCACAGAAGAGAUGAUUGAACCAUACAAAAACCUUCCCCGUGCCAUCAUCAUCUCCCUGCCCAUCGUCACCGUCGUCUACGUGCUCACCAACUUGGCGUACUUCACCACACUCAGUCCAGAGGACAUGCUUGUGUCGGAGGCUGUUGCCGUGGAUUUUGGGAACUACCACCUGGGUCCGAUGGCUUGGAUCAUCCCAGUGUUUGUGGGGCUCUCCUGCUUUGGUUCUGUCAACGGUUCCCUCUUCACUUCCUCCAGGCUGUUUUUUGUAGGGUCCCGGGAGGGGCACCUACCCAGCCUGCUGUCUAUGAUCCACCCCAGUUUGCUGACCCCUCUGCCCUCGCUGAUUUUCACGUGCAUCAUGACGCUGCUCUACGCCUUUUCCAACGACAUCUUCUCCGUCAUCAACUUCUUCAGUUUCUUUAACUGGCUCUGCAUUGCCCUGGCCAUCAUUGGCAUGAUGUGGCUACGUUAUAAGAAGCCCGAGCUGGAGCGGCCAAUCAAGGUGAACAUCCUGCUGCCUGUGACCUUCGUGCUGGCCUGUCUCUUCCUCAUCGUCGUCUCUGUCUGGAAGACACCGCGGGAGUGUGGAAUCGGGUUCGGCAUCAUCGCCACCGGUGUGCCCGUCUACUAUUUAGGCGUCUGGUGGCAAAACAAGCCCAAGUGGCUCCUGAACCUCAUCUUCUCAUCGACGGCGUUGUGUCAGAAGAUCCUGGAGGUGGUGCCCCAGGAAUCAUGAGCUGGCAGCUCCCUCUGCCCCCCCCCCCUCACUGCCUCCCCAAGCCUGAAAGGACCCAUACAUCUCACACUGUAACAGGCCCCCAGCAAGAGGAGGUGGAAAUCUGUGACACACUCGUCUCUUCGUCUACCCCCGCCUCCAACUCUGCAUUCCUAAUAUACUGACUGAAGGGGAGAAGCAUGUAUUUUUAAAUGAGUUUUUUUUGUUUUCGUAGGAGGCAGGUGGGGAAGUAGAUACUGAGGGUGGGGCCUGAAAUACUGAAUCAAAACUAUAUUAGCACUGCUGUACCUGGAAUGCACUUUCCAGAUGACAUCACCUCAUUUUCUGUGUUUGUCUUGUCUUUCAAUGUCCCUCAGCAUCUUAGUGGUUUUGAACGCAUCGUAUGUCCAGAUCCUUAGCCUCCUGUCCCCUCUAUCUUAAACUACUUUGGUUUUUUCGUUUUUGUUAAAUACACCAGUUUCAGCACUUCCUUUCCAGCGUUCCUCACGACCCUGAGUCGACUCGCGAGUGGGACUCAGGCCUGUGCAGGCGCUGAUUAAAGGUGGAUGGAGCCUCUGGCUUCCAUGUCUGCCUAGAGGAAUCAGCAUGGAGAUGUUCAGCCUCCAGGGGGCAGAUUUCUGCAUCUCUCUUGUAUAGAACGGUCCAGAACAAAAUACUAGGCCACGCGAAGGGAUCCUCAGCUUAGUAUUGUGAAGGCGCCCCAGCGCAGGCCUUCGUGGGGCCUGCCACCUGUCCCCCACGUUGGAGAACAUUCCCCAAGAUCAGACCCUAAGGUCAAGCUCUGCCCAGCAGGCUCAGGCUACAAGUUGAAGGCACAUUGUCUUUUGGCCUCACUCGCUAUCUGUGCCUUGACUCGAUAUUUAUGAUUCAGAUCUUUUUUUUAAAUCCUCAUUGCUAGAAUAUGGAUUUAUUUUUAUAGCUAAAUAAUAGCUUUGUAUUGCAUUUUUAAGUCUGGUUUAAUCCUUUUCAGUGCUCUGUAGAGUUCAGUAGAAUUUCUGUAUUGCCUAACAGGACACACAAUCAUUUAUUAUUAUUAUUAUUAUUAUUGUUGUUGUUGUUCUUGUUGUUGUUUUUGCUCUUGUUGUUGUUGACACUUAAUUUGACACAUGUUUAACAAAUUUCAAUAUUAGCUGAGAUCAGAAUUAUGAUGGUCAGUAAUUCAUCCAGAAUUAGACAGCUACUUUAGUUUUUCUAAUAUUUUUAUCAGUACUGUUUUUACGUGCCUCUGUUUCAAAUAGAGAUCAGCUGGAAAUAUCCAGCCUAUUUUUUCAUUGAUGAGAUUUUAGAGCAUAAAAUAGCAGUAUGAUAUGAUUUUAGAUGAAUUCAUAUUUUAUGGCUAGUUUCGAUUUGUUACUACUACAUUGCUGAGAGAAUUAGAGUGGAAACAUUUUUUUUAAUUUGCUGUUUACUCACAUUGUUGGUUUUCUAACACAUGCAACAUUGAUUUAAUGAGGUUACAAUGCUUAAUGACUGGGCUGUUUACAUCAUUGGGCUCAAUGAACUGGGCUCACCACUGUGACAUCACAGGAGUCAUGGCGCUUUUCCACUGGCAUACAGGAACCAGGCUGUACUGACCUAUGCUGCGUAGACCCACUAGUUCCAGCUCGCUUCGGUUUUCCACUGCAGAGAAGUCAGCUCGGUAGAGGUGUUGCCAGAUUUGGAGAGUAACAGUGAAGUAAAACCAAGGAGACGCUUAUUUACUGUUUACGUGGUGAACAUUAGUGAUAGCCAAAUGGUGGCCUCUGUUCAAAAAAGCACUCAAAGCAUGCCCCAAGCCAAGAUCACCAUCUAGUGAGGUCAAGAUAUACAGCAAAUGAUUCUUGAAGCUUCAUUUGGCCAUCACUAGGUUUAUGGUUUACUAUAUGCUAGCAUGCAGUACUAGCGGAAUUAGCACACGGUUGCAUAAAUUUGCAUCACAAAUCCAUUCUGUUUAGCCAUUCCUUUGUACUUUUUUAAGUAUGAGGUUAUAAAAAGUUAUCAGGAAUUUGUCAAUACAUCUCGAUGCGCUACUAAUAAUUAGUGAAGUAUAGAAUAUGUCCUUUUCCCCUUCAGAUAAUCUAUGAGCAGAACACCAGUAUCUCCGUACAUUUCGUCCAAUCAGGUAUGGCUCGGCUACAGCCCGGGUGUGGCUUGCAUACAUUGCAGUUAGACUCAGUUCUUGGCUCAGUUCUUGGUGACAGUGGAAAAGCACCGUUAGCAUCAUAUCCGUGUGUGCGAUAGGGAGUGGGUGUUAUGGAUUACAGGUUGGGGCAUCUUGGGGUGUAACAUAAGAUGUAAGACUGUUGGGAGUGGCAAAUGAUUUUGUAUCACAUGAGAAGUAGCUUAAUGUCCUCCUGAUGAAGAAUGAAAGGAAGCUUAUUCUUGGGUUUGACAUGCGCUGAGGUGUGUUUCUCUCACGUGACACGCCACAUUUCUUUGUAACGGAAACUUCAGUGAAGCCACGGCUCGCUCUUCCUUCCUGGUGACGGAUUCGAUGAUUACUGCAAAGCUUUAGUCUCUUGCAGGGAACGCUUUAGUGCUUUAAGAUCGGAGUGCGUAUCCCUUCCUGAGGAAAUCUAAAGUGGUCGAUUUCCGUGAGUGCGUUUGAUGAUUUGUGUCCUUUGAAGGUCUCUUGAUUUGAAGCACGGGGCUGUGCCUGGAUGGUCCCUGCUGUGGUUCUGCUCUCACAUGAGUCGGCCCCGGUCUGUGAUGCACGCCCACGCUGGGCCGUCCUGCUUUUUUUUUUGUGAUUAUGGCUCCAGCUCUUUGUGUCCUGCCCGCUCCUGCGGCAGUCACGCCCUGACAUGAGGCCCCACCCCAGGUUCUGUAGCCUCCCAGCGUGGGCUCAGGCUCGAUGCAAAUAUCUUAACUGCUAGUCAUGUUUAAUUGAAAUUCUGGAUCCAAACUGUAAUGCCCCCCCCCCACCCCAAAACAAGUGCAUUUUGUUUUGUGAGCCUCCCAGCCCACACUGAAAACACCAGGCUUCUGAUAAUUAAUCAUUCCGUUUUCUUGUUUGAUGAAAAAUGCCUAGGAUGUUGCUGCUCUCCGCACCGUUUCAGGCAGGAUGCUGGUCCUGUGCUCCAGGAUCUGUUACGUCUUUUCCCAGCACACUCUGGCCGUAGCUGGCAGCUCUGCGCGCAGACACACGCAGGCACAUGCACGCGCCUAGGGGUGUGGAUGUAUGCACACACACACAAACACAAGCUAACAUUAGAAAACACGCACAAGCUGUCCCAGAGGCACGUGCGAGGACACACUCCUUUUGUGAAUAGGCUCUUCAGGCGUAUGAUUUGGCUUUUUUGCUACUUAAUCUCCUCUGUGCUCACUGGUCUUUGGGACAAAACCCUCAACAUUUCUGUAGAAAAUGCCAAAAGGUGAAGGUAGUUUACGGCACCGUUUGUCAUUUGUCUUUUUCUUAAAACUGUCUUUGGCUGUCUGGUGAAUACAAUAAAAGGUGACACUGUGCAGAGA